AUGCCAGCAAUAAAAUUCCGCAAAAAUUUCCUUUUUAAUAAAAUUCAAUUUCAGACAAAAAUACUCGUUGAAAAUUCUGACCGUUUAUUUCAAGUCUGGCCUUCAAUCCGUGACUAUCUUCAAUGUCUAUUCAACAAUUUUAAUCAAAACCAGCAAAUAAUUGAACGUUUAAUUAUUUCAUUAUUUCGAAUUACUUGCCACAAUUUUUGUUUUCCACAAAAAAAUUUAAUUAAAAUUCCAUCACAAACAGAAAUUGAUCUAUUCAUUGACGAUGUUAUUCAAUUUAUUAGCCAAAAAAUUUUGGAAUUGAACCCUAUUUAUAUUUUAAUGUUUUCUCAACAAAUUAUGGAUGGAGUGCAGAAGCUAUUGAGGGAAAAUGGAGAAAAUGUGAAAAAUGAAGAAAAUUGGAAUAAAAUUUUUUCAGUUUUGGAGAGGAUUAAUUAUGUUUUAUUUAAGCAGUUUAGCUGUCCACAAAAUUUUCCUGUCGAAGUGGACCCAAUUACUAGAACUGAAGAGGCAAAAAUUAGAGCAAUUCAAUUUACUUGUAAAGUACUUUUGGGCAAUAUUACGCAAUUUUAUAGAUUAAAAUCGUUUCCCGAUUUGUUCCUACGCCUUUUUGAUUUAAUGGACCAAUUUUUGGAAGAAAAUGCUUGUAGUGAUUUGCUUGCGGAAGUUAUACAAGAAUCUUUGAAAAAUUGUAUUCUAGUUUGUGAAAAUUUUGGAGUUUUUCAAGGCCCAAUUGAAGGAUUAAAAGCAGAAGUAAGUGGGAGAUUGGAAGCGUUAACUGUUAAACAUUCAAAUUCUGCUAAUUCAAAAAUUGCCUUAUAA